CAUGUAAAUGAAUAAUAAAUAAAUGGAUGUAUGUAAAUCACUAUCAUUGGUCUAGUGACUUUUAGUUUCUCAUUGUGGUCAUUUGAACCUAGCCUUCUCAUUCUGACGUUUAGAAAUUUGACGGCGGUCAGUGUUUAUUGCAAAAAAAUGUAAUGGCAAUGUGUGAAUAACUAAUUUUCUUGUUUUUUCGAAUACAAAAAUAAGAGACCAUUAAGUUCCGACGGAAUGCGUAAUGUGACAUUUGGUUCAAGUUCCUUUUGCAAUCAUUUAUUUUUAGCACAACAGGAAUUUCUUCAUAGACGAACCUAUCAUCUUGUCGAGUGCAUUAAUUCACAAGUGCAUAAACACAGUUUAUAUUCCAGAUAGUAUUAGGAACAUCAGCAGCCUGAAAUAUAAUGAUCUCAGAACUAGGCACAGAAGGCUUUCAGCCAACGACAUGUUUCACAGAAGAAAGCCUAUUCAAGCUACAAUGUUUAAUCAAAGCAACUGAGAUACAGCACAGUGCUCAUUGCGAAUAUGGAAAGAGAUUGUUCUUAGCACUUACAACUGGGAAUGCUGAGAUCUUUUUAUAUUAUAAGAAGGAUUCGCUACCUGCCCCAGUAAUUAAAAGGAUACCCUGGUUUCAAGGAUCUCACAAACAAAUUACAGCUCUAUGUUUCAAUCGUGUGGGAACAUUAUUGCUCUCUACAAGUGCGGACGGAUCUGUAUAUAUAAUUCCAGCUCUGUGUUUUGUGGAUGAAACAUGUGAGAAAGACAAAAGAUGGACCAGUAAUGAUAUCACUUCCUUCCCUUCUAUUAGUUCACAAGCGUCUCAUUCAAAACCGACUGCGAUAGUAUGGUGGCACAGCACGGUAGUACCCGCUGAAAUCGGUAUCAUCGGAAGUGAAUAUGGGGAGAUUAUAUUUAUAAAUCUAGAAACUGGCCAUCAAACGAAUGUUACGCAAGUUAGAGGGAACAUUGCCAGUUUACACAUUUGUCGCGAUCAAAUUAACGAUAUCGUGUCUCUCUUGAUAACGAGCCAGUCUAGAAGGCAAUGGAGAUUGCUUCUGGAACAGGAUACGUACAGUUGCCUCCAUCACUUGGAGAAUGGAGAAUCGUAUAAUCCGUUGCAUACAAACGAUAACAUGUACGAUAAUACGAAAAUAUUUGCUUCUACAAGGUCUAGAUUGCAAGGACUCAAGCAAUUAUCUGUGGACAAGCUUGCUAUAUUCAGGCAAAAGUUAAUAGAUACAAAAAGUCAGACAUUAGGAGAGAAUUUACAAUAUCAUGAUGUUACAAGUAACCGAAAUACUCAUAACACGACUGUUAAUUCUGAUUUCUCUGUGGAAGUGAAUCAGAAUCAGAUAACACCUGAGGCAAUGGCGAAAGAUGCGUUCCUGAUGUCUCAAUUAGACAGGGAGGGACGACAAUUGUGUACAUGUUACUAUUCUACUACAAAUCAAAUAUUGGUAUACGGACCUAACUUUACUACUAUACCUGUAUCAGCGCAUAAAGUAUUUGAAUCAUGUAAAAGUGCGUUAUUAACUCAACGAUUUUUUUUUAUCACUGACGCCAGUGAGCACGUAAUGUACGUAAUAUCAGAUAGAUUAUCUGAGAUUCGUGAGGGUGAUAGCGGUAAAUUUAAUCCAGAGUGCAUUGUUGGUCACUUUUCUCUAGUGCAUAAUAAAGAGGUAAUACGCUCCGUAUACAGAGCUACUGAUUACACGAAUAAUGCACCAACAACAGUCUCUGAAGAAAUGAAAAAUAAGUACACUUUUCCAAGUGGGAUAAAAGAUAUUAGAAUCGAAUUACCUCAUGUGGAUACUUGUAUAGUUGUUACAAAUCAUUCUGUGUAUAAAGUUGUUUUAAGAAAGUCGAUAUUAUCAAUUUUUAUGGAAUUAGUAUUGAAAAAUAAUGAAUUGGAGAAGGCGGCAAAGUUGGCGAUAGUGUUCGGUAUUAAUGCGCAACAAUUGCUGGAGCAAGCCGGUGAUAUUCUUUGGAUGAAUAAGGAAUUUCCGCGCGCAGUCGCUUGCUACAAGUUGUCUAAAUGUAGAAUAAUAAAAAGUACUUUAAAAUUUGCGUCCGUUGGAUACACGGCGGAUUUGUUGCGUGGUCUCACACACUGUUUAGCUUCUUCAGCUAUUAGCGAGCUGCCCAUUGCACCAAGGAUACAUCUCUCAAACUUGUGUGUUCUUGCGUUUAUCGAAAGAACUCUUAGAAUUUCGUCUGAGAAGUCCAAAGCUAUAUAUAAAGAGUUUUUGUAUUUCUUGUCUACAAAUUCUUUUUACGAUGAACUGUUGGCGGUUAAUAUCGCUGGACAGACCUGUCUCUGGGAAGUGUUACAUCAUCUGGCAACGCAGAAGGGUCUUUAUGGGCAGAUGCUGGAUAUUCUUAUGAGGACAAUACACAAUUUCCAACCAUCACCAUACGGUUUGCUCAUAUGUAUAAGCGAGCCAAGUUUAUUGCAAGCCAUGUUAAUAUAUCCUGAGUUAGCUAAAAGUCAUAUGUCUUAUAUUCUUCAUAAUCUUCAGAACUCUCAAAUUUUUGUACUCCAGAGAUUAGUUACGUUGUACGAUCCAACGAACCCAGUGAUAAGACCUAGAAUAGUGCAGUGCCGAUCACGUCAUAGAACUACGUCAGUUAGUUCUCAAUCUAGUCAAUGUGAUUCCAUAGAUCUCGUGGAAAAUGAUGAGGCUGAUAUCUUGAUAGAGGAUAUUAUAGAGACAUUUUUACUAAUUCUAUUGACUUUGAUUAACAAAAGAUCUAUUUUACAUCAAGAGACGUCUCCUACGUGUAGCAUUGAAUUAUUAGGACUGAAGAAGCAGGGACAUAGAAACAGUAACAUUGCUGAUUUCAAAAGGAGGCCGCUGUGCGCCGGCUUUUCUCACGUUGUUCUUAUCAGAAACGGGAACGUUUACACGUGGGGAAGUUCUGUACAAGGCUGCUUAGGGACUGGCCCACUGCUGUUGAGGUAUGGUUCAUCACAGGCUAUAACUUUCUUCCGAACCAUGGAACUCCAAGUUCUGAGUGUGUCUUGUGGUCACUGUCAUACUCUGGUCGUGACCAACAACGGCGUGUAUGCAUGGGGUUCGAGCCAGUUUGGUCAGUUGGGUCUCGGCAAGGUUUUACAAUGUUCGACACCCGAACUGAUUACUUCCUUGGCUCAAGAAGUUGUAAUUGAUGCGGUUGCCGGACAGUAUCAUUCGGUCGCGCUAACCACGGAUGGCAGAGUUUUCACGUGGGGUUGGGGCGUUCACGGCCAGUUGGGUCAUGGUAAUACUGACAAAAAGUUGACACCCACGCUGGUCACGUCUUUAUUAGGUACAGUCAUACGUUCCAUCAGCGCGGGCCACGCACAUACAUUAACACUCUCGACGGAAGGCAUCGUGUACGCGUUCGGUUGUAACAUUUUCGGGCAACUGGGCAUUGGAAGUAACGUUAAGAGUUCUGUGCCAAUGAAAGUAUUAUUGCCGGAAAGAAUAUCUCUUAUCGCAACUGAAUAUUUUCAUAAUCUUGCUGUUAGUUAUACGAAUAAGCUGUACGUAUGGGGAGCCAGUCCCCAAGUCCUUCGACUGCAAGCGCAAACGCAAAAGAGGACUCGGAUAUUGGAACAACGAGACGGAAUCAUCAAGCAGUUUGAAAAUAUUGACGAGUUUGAGAAAGUCGUGGAUUCCGCGAUCGGGAAUGAUGGGAACGAGGAACCUGGAGACAAGGAGAGUGCACAACACAAAAAUGCACAAGCGAAAGCGAGCGGAAGCAGUACAGACUCGCGAAAAAGACAAUUGGAAAAGCUGUGUAUGAAGAACGUAAACGUUGGCUCGCUCGAAGAAGCUCAAACACACUUAAAACCUACCAUAGUAGAUACAAGCUUAGUCAAAGGGGAUAUUGUACAAAUAUCGACUGGUUGUCAUCAUAACGCGCUCGUUACGAAAGACGGAUCGUUGUACACGUGGGGUAGAAACUUGGAUGGUCAACUAGGCAAUGGUAGCAGACGCGAAAUACCAAUUCCGAAACCAUUGUGUUACAAUCCUGCUUCGAUAUUUGCGCAAGUACCUCCGAGACAUAACGCAUAUAAACGAAGCGAAGAGGAACAAGAGUUGGACGGUGGGGCUAGAAAUUUUGCGACGAACGAGAGAAACGGGAAUCAGCAAGAUGAAGUUAGAUCUUACCAAUCAGAAAAUGAGUUUAGGGAAAAGAUAAAUCCCAUAAUUAAAACUGUGGCAGCCUAUUGUGGGUACGAUUAUACGGUCGCUAUUCAACCAGGAGGCACAGUUUUGGCCUGGGGUAAUAAUAGCAGAGCACAAUUGGGUCGGCUUCCUGCAAAGGACACGCAUGACACUGACACCGACAAGCUUGUACUGAUUAAAAAGCGAGUAGUGCGGCUGCCUCAUGCAUCACACGUAGCAUUGGAUGUGCCAAGCCAAGUUCCUAAUAUUCCCGCUCCCAUAAUUUCUUAUCAGAGUUACGACGUACCUUCUCUGGCAGACGCUAUUCAACCUCUAAGUGUCAUCGAGAAAUCACCAGGAGAGUUGACGUUGCAUUACGCCUUAGAGUAUUUCUCUGGUUUAUACGAUGCCUCGAGAAUCUCAGAAAAGUGCGUCGAGUUGGGAAACUAUCAAGCUUGCUCAAAGAUAGCUAUGUUGCAGCAUAAUCUUUCUGAUGCGUUCUCGUAUCAGUUGAAAAUUCUGCACGCACUCAGCGUUCGAUCUUGCUUGAAAAUGAAAUCGGAGAACGCGCGCGAGAAAAUGAAACGAAAAUCCACAGAGGAAUUCGACUUGAGGAAAUCUUCGUCGAUGCAUCACGUUAAGAAGAAUACCGAAUUGUUUAACAAACAGGUGGAAAAGAAUUUGAUAGACUCUGUCGAAGAUUGCGCGGUUAAGAAUAAAGUGAAAAUUCCGGCAAGUAAAUCGCUAAACAGUCUGCAAAUGCUUCAACAAGAAUUGUAUACGUUCGACUGUCAAGGCGGCCUGGAAGAAUUAUGCAAAGAUGUCAAAUCCGAGAACCCACAUUUGGAGAUCUUCGAAAAUAAUUACGAUUCCGACGUUAGUUCCAAAUCGGAUGACUGGAUGGAAGAUCUUGUCUUCAAGGAGAACCGAUUGCGGAAACACGAGAAGGCUAUCAAAUGUACCGAUGACAGUUCAGGAGCUUCCACCCCUAUGAAGGAAACAGCUGAUACAUUAUUAAAGAAUAGUGGAUCGCAUUAUGAUGAGAAAACUAUACGGUCUUGGCAGAAUAAUGUAACCAACGAAGCUAUAAAAGUAAUCAAAUUCUUUCUCAACGAGAUGGAACACGAAACAGACAUGGUCAAGUGUAAAAUAUUACAAGACGCUCUUGAUUUUUGGAUCGAGCACGAGUUACCGGUACAGAGUAUAGAGAAUUUAUUACUAGACCAUAUCCAAUCGAUUUAUUAUCCCCUUGGACUAUUAUUAUUCUGCCAAGAGAUAAUGGACAAAUAUCUGGAUACGAACAAGAACGAUACUGAAACCAAGAACAUGGCCGCAAUCAAUUCGUUCUCCGUCAAAUUCUGUCUUCAAGUGUGUUCCAUGUUAGUACGUCAUAUCGAACAAGGUGAACCUACGCCUGAAUAUAUUAAACUGCUAUCUUCUUUAACGGCCGACCAGUACGGGUCACCGUUGACUGGUUAUCCAGGAUCAAGCGGAAAUGACACUUUAGAGCAAAUGAUGGAAGGAGUCACAAGUACUUUAUCCUCUAAUGUCCAUGACUCGAAACCAUUUGUACAUAUUAAGGAUCCGGAUGCAGUGUAUCGAUUCCUCGACACUGAAGAAGACAUGAUGAUAUUCACGUGUGGGCAUCAUUUUCUCAUGACCACGUAUAAAACCGAAGUGAUCCCGAUGAUGGAAACUGAACUUUUGACGUCGGAAUCGCUAGUGCUUCCGUGCACAGCGCAGUACUUGGGGAAAAUGUUUGCGCAGACGACUAAACCGGAAAUACUGUGCCCAUCGUGUGUACCAAGAGCACUGGAAACGUUGGUGAGGAAGCAUAAUGGGUGAGAAGUAUGUACCUGAGAUUUUAUUUUAACGAAAACAAAAGAAGAGAGAAAUUUAUACACAAGUUUUCAACUCUAAAGAGCGAACGUUCUACAUGAACUCUGACAAAUGACACUGCUAAAAAGACACUUGCUAUCGCGAUUGGAACGUUUUCUUCGACAUAUAAAAAUGAAUUCAAAGAAUUGAAAGCUCUCUAUAUCUUCGAAGUCGUAUUCUGUAGAUUGUACAGGUAGCAACCAGAAUUUUUUGAACGCAUUGUUCAGUGCGUGCAAACUUAGUCUGCACUAAUUUUUUUAUUGAAAAUGUACGUCUCGUAAAAUACUAGGAAGAUUAUUUCGUUAUAAACGCACACUGCUACUGAACAUAUUCUCUGAAACUAGGUAUUAUGUGUUCAUAGAUCAUAAAGUGAUAAUACUUUUAAUAUUACCGUAAAUUAAAGAACGAUACUGUGCAUUGGUAUCUUGCGUAUCGUACGUGUACAACUUCGUGCGUCGUACAAAACUAGGAAAAAAAAUAAUUAUAAUGAAAUAUAUCGUCUUCAAUUAAAGUUAGACAUGUAUUGAGUGUAAAUGCAGUUAACUUUACAUUUAGACUUUGGGGGAAUCGAUUAACUCAAAUACAACGAUGUGAUGCGAGAAACCGAAAGAAUCGCUUCAUUUUAUACUUCUUUUUGGAACAGUUUUAUCGUAUAUUAUAAUUAUACACAUUUUUGAAAGUCUUUAAUUAAUGCAAUAAUGUAACAACACAAUGAGUUUUAAUUCGUAAUCAUCAAAUAUUCGUUGCAAGCAUUAUAUUACAAGUUAGCUUCCCUACAAUUUUAAGUUUUUGCAAGUCAAUAGUUUGUUAGUGAAAUCUAGUACAGAUUAUUAUAUUUCAGUUUUUAGUAAAAAAUCGAUAUCAGUUAUAUUACAUGCAUAAACGGCUAUAAAAAUAUGUAAACAAUUUCGCGGCCAACGUAGUAAUUUUCUUAUUACACAAUUAAUUAAUUGAACCUGAUGGCCAGUGUACAAAACAGGCCCAAGUAUUUUCUCUUUUCUCCACAACUUUACCAAGGCUCAGGGCAUACUCUUUCGAUAUUUUACUAUGCAGAAAGGAAGAGUACACGGCUGUACCAAAGUAGUAACUAAUUCGUUAACCAAAUGUUAAUUAUUGUGAAAUUACAACACUUUAUCGUGUGGUAGUUGUAGUAAAGUUGUAAAAUGUACAUGAGAGAGAACAAAGCAAUUGUUAAAGAAAUUCGUGGCAAGUGCUAGGAACUAACGAAAAAUUUAUUUCAUCUAGUCUUUAAAGUAUUGUAUACUGGAAUAUAUUAAUUGAACUUAGAGAUUGGGAAGGAAAAGCCAAUAAAAGAUGAUGUACUUUGUGUGAUUCUUGACGAUACCUGUAACUGAUCAAUAUUAGAUAAUCGAUGUGUUAUCGUGGUAGCAAGGUAAAAGUGAAAUUGUAUAUAGAUAGUGAACUAUAUACUUUUUCUUACAAAUGGGCCAAGCUCAUUUAGCUCAUGGGCAUAUAUUGCUUCACUUUUUUUUAAAUACCAUAGAUUUAUGACAUAUUCAUGUCGAAAUAGAAUUUCUUCAUUAUUAUUUUAGCGAUCCGUAAGGACCAAGUUUUUAGAAAUAAUCAAUACAAAUUUAUCGUUAAAUUAAACAAUUAGCCUCGUUGGACUAAAUGGAAAUGAAAUAUACUUUCCGCACAAAAUAAUACAAGUUAAAAAUUUGUUUACCGUAACGAAACUAAUUAUUUACAAACACGUGUAUGGAAUCUUGAAGAAGUGUUUCAACAAUAAUAUCUUUCACAGUUAGCAAAUCUUCCUACAUAUAAAAAUGAAAUUCGCUUUUAUUUAAAUCGCAAAGAGAUGUCUUCUUGUUUUGUAAUUAUUUAAAUUAUAUGCUUUACAUCUUGCCAAGAGUGGUGUAUAAAUUUCGUAUUGUCUAUUUUUUUAAGUGAUCAAUUGUUAUCUUCUCUUUCUUUGUAAAAAAAACUUUAAAUAAAGAAACAAGAACAGCUGUUUUGAGAAAAGUGCAAUAUUUUAGGUACAAGUUAUGUUGAAUAUCAUUUAAAAUCCACGUGUUUCACACGCGUGGCACUUUUUUCCUAUUAUAAUUACAGUUAAAUUUAAUGUAAUAUAUUUUGAGACAAGGUACAAUACGUAUUAUGUUAUAUUUCCGAUGUGUAAGACAGUCUUCUAAAAAUUAUUUCUCGCUACUUAAUAUACGGGUAUAAGUAUUAUGUAAAAAGUUAUCUAAUAUUAUUGUCAAGAAAUUUAAACAAAUUACAUUGUCUACUCCGCAUCCAUUUAUUUUCUUGUAUAUGCAAUACAAGUCACAUAAUAUUGGUUGAGAUGAAAAUUUGUUUAAAUUUCAACGAUCGUUCACAAUUAAUAGUUAUCUGAAACGAAAUGUUGUGUGCAUUGCGUUCCCAAAUCCUUAAUUGUAUACGACUGCAAUAAUUCUGUAAUAUAUAUCCGAAUGUACAGGUUUGAAUGUCUUAAUAUAUGAAGUCUUUCACUGAGUAGUAUUUAGAAUAUUAACGUAUUUAAUGAAUAAAGUACGAUUAAGAAAUA